AAGUAUCAUUUUAAAUCUAAUAACAACUCGAAUAAGGAAUAUUGACUCUUGAUACUUGAUUAUUUGUUACGUUAUAUCAACAAAUGAACAAAGAAAAGUUUAAAUGGAAGGGCCUUUAAAUUACUAGCAUACGUUGAUCUAUUUGGAGUUAAACAACAAUUUUGCAGUAAAGGAAAACAGCUGACAAAAUAAGUCAACAAGUAUAACAAUAUUAUAUUUUGAUUUGAUUAAUCGGCAAAUACUAUAAAAAUCCAAUCCUAGUUUAGGUCUUCUAGUGCGCUUGCGUUACCCUGUCGAACGGACAAACGCUGUAGUGAAGUACAAAAGGUCAACCACGACAAACGUGUUCUUGUGCAUAAUUGAAUUUUACUUUGAAGCAGCGAGACUUGCUGAUACUGAACACCAUCUUUUGGGAUUUCGUAUAAAACAGUCCACCAUAUCUUCGAAGCGUUAGUUUUCUGAAUGUCAAAUUCCUCCUCAUGAUGAGUGUUGGACAGGUAUCUAUCAUUUCUUGUUACAUUCUUGGCUUCAUCGGUGGAUUGUUUUUACUUCCUCACGUAGACACAACAGCUCGCUUCACUCAUUUCCCUCCCAGUGUGUUGUACGUAUCUAGUGGAGGAAUAGCCAGGUUUGUGUGGGACUACCAUGUGGACAACAGAGAGCAAGAGUUUAGUAUUGAAUCUCCACAAUGGUCUUUCUACAGUCAGAAGCAUCGCAAUUUUAGUAUAAUCGGUGCUGAUGACAAGUACACCAACAACUGGAGUUUUGUCAUCAAUAGAGCAACAUGUCCAUCAAGAUUACUGAACCCUGAUCGAGUAAGCAGAGAGUCCAUUGCCACUCUGGUCAUUACUGAUGUGACUACUGCUGAUAAUGGAAUAUAUAUAUGUAGUCUGGUGUUUAAAGGAAGCAACCCUAUUGCACAUCAAGUGCAACUCGUCGUGACAGUAACUCCCACGUUCCAGCCACAGCCAACGAUUACAAAGAACAUAGCAGAGGGACAAGAUUUGAGUGUGCCUUGUACUGCUAUUGGUCCACCAACACCCAACAUCACGUGGUUACAGAUAGCAGGUCACGUGGUCAAGAGUACAGGAACAGGAAGUGCUACACUGAGGAUACCAAACAUUAGAAGAGAUCAGAAUGGGACGUACGAGUGUCAGGCCACCGACAACCCAAAUGAGAAUCCAGUCACUGCACAGACUAUGGUAGUGGUAUACUAUCUACCUGGAAUCGACACAUCAGAGUCUUCUAUGACUUUAAAGUCAUGGAAUGGCAACAGUAUUCAUCUGAGAUGUUUUGCAACUGGUUUACCUGCACCACGGAUAUCAUGGUACAAACCAACAAAUCAACAGAUCACUACAGGUGUCAACAUUUUACCCAGGGGUAGUGAGGUAACAGUACUUACAACUGCUGACCAAGGGGACUAUGGACAGUACAAGUGUCGCGCAACAAACAUUGUGGGAAGUGAUGAACACGUCAUCAAUGUUACUCAACUGUUUCCUCCAGGUCCUCUUGUUAUAGAAAUAACUGAGCUUGAAGCAUCAUCUAUAACUAUUAGAUGGACCACACCUGCUGAUGAUGGUGGACUCGUUGUCACUGGUUACUUAUUGGAAGUCAGUAUCAAGCCCCCAGUGAUCACAGUGAAUACCCAUGCUGUGAUAACAAGACUGAAAGCAAACACACUCUACACUGUCAAGGUCUGUGCCAGGAAUAUUGUUGGAUAUGGAGUGGUGUCUUCAAAAGUUAUCAGAACAAAGACAAUCGGCAAGCCUUCAAUCCCUCACCUGAUAUCAACUAUUCUCAAUGGCAAAGACUCCAAGCUCUCAGUCGUCUUGAGGUGGACAAAACCAGAUGACAAUGGUGGUAACAUAACGCGCUAUACCAUCUAUAUGAGGGAAGUCAAACAUAAAGCUGAGUGGACAAAGUAUGAUAACGUCACUGAUUCUAAACAGCUUGAAUAUAAAAUAACAAGGGACAUUGUUUAUGGCAAAACAUACAUGUUUAUGGUUACUGCAUGGAAUAAAUAUGGAGAAAGUGUGAAGGAUGAUGGAAGUACUAAGACUGUAAAUACUACAGCAGAUGAAGCAACGGCUGCAAAUGCAAUGAGUUAUUGUACUGAAGAAGGAUCAAAGUAUUCUUCAACAGCCAUGGGAGUUGUUAUUGGCAUUCUGGUUCUGUUUCUUGUUUUCAACCUACUACUCAUUGUAUAUCUAAGGAGAAGGGCCCAACUAAGCAGUAAAAAAGAAAGCCAAGCGCAUAAUAACAGACAAACACAGAAGAAAGCUGUUGCUGGGGAAAGUUAUCAUAACGACUUGGAAUUGGAAGAAAAGGUAACAUCAGCAGUUACGRCAUCGCGUGCUCCACAGGCUGUCCAAACAGGACCAGAAUAUGAAACCAUCCAUCAAUCAAAUCCUAACGAGGCAGGCUGUUCUAGUGAUGCCAGUAAUUAUCAAGGACUUAAUCUGAUGCCAAACACGUCUAUUCAAGGUGCCCAAGGACCCGUGUACGAGCCCCUUGGUACAAGAUCAUCGAAACCCAAUCUGCAGCGUAAAGAUAAUGAACAACAUCAAUACGAACCCCUGAAUAUUGUAAACCAAGACUCUACCUAUCAAUCCCUGCAGACUAAUAGCAGCGAGUCGGCCAUAUGACAAUAUUAUGAGUUCAAGAAUAUUCAGGUUAACGCGAAAUGGUAUUAUCAUUUAUAAACGAAAGUGUUCAAGAGUGUUAGCCUUGAGUCAUUUGGAAUAGUGAAAGAUGUAUACUGUUUGAUUAACCGUAAUAGUCAUUGUGGAUUAGAAAAAACUAAUGUAUGAAGUAAGAAUACCUCAUAAAAAAUAAAAUUAAUAGCUUUCGCUAAA